CACGAGCACGCUAUAUUUACAAAGCACGCUACAUAGCUACUUAUUAUCCAUUAUGUAUGUAUGUACAUACACAUGUAUGUAUGUAAUUGUUUUCGAAACACGCUAUCGAGCUCCAAUGAGUUGUCUAUCACACGCGGCAUUGGGGCAAGAAAUCCUUCACGAUGGUAGUAGGGAUAAUCUAUCAUUGGUGAGAGUGAGAGCCAUGCUCUUUCUGAUACCGUCGUGCGUGAGGGAUUUCUUGCCCCAACGCUGGUCACGCCGUGACGUGAGCCGACAAUCGAUCGAUCGUCAGGAGUUGUCGAAACAUUAAGUUCGGCCGGUAUUUUCAAGCUAACCUCAUGGAGUGAGCGAAUUCGCCUGGUUGAACCAAUGAAUUUUCGUGAUCGGAGAUAAUCGUAUAAAAGAUAGUGUAAAGUAAAAGUAAAAACCCGGCCGAUUAUAUCUUAUAACGUGAGAACAUGAACGGAAAUCAAUCGGUUGAUUCGAAUGGCGAGAAAGAACGACAGGUAGCCGAAAAAUUCUUGAGCAAGUUUAAUUUGGCGGUAGAGGAUGGUAGCCUGAGUUUCGGGAGAUUUCGGUCGAUAUGCGAAGAACUUUUCCAGCCGGACGAGAUUCAACGGGAGGAGUGGAGAAUUCAAGAUAUGUUCGGUUUAUUUGACCAAGAUAAGGACGGUGUUUUAAAGGCGCAAGAAUGGCGAAGAUUUUGUGAUUGGUUACGGGUAACUCUCAACCCUGUCAAUGCUCUACUUGUCGUAGACGUGCAGAACGAUUUUAUCGAUGGUUCUUUAGCUCUUCGUAAAUGCGAGUACAAGCAGGACGGAGCCGAAGUGAUACAGCCUUUCAAUUAUUUGAUAAAAAACGGGCGCUUUGAUAACGUUAUUUAUUCGUUAGAUUGGCAUCCGGCAGAUCAUAUUAGCUUUUACGAAAAUUUGCAUUUACGGGAAUUACAUCCAGAUUCAAAGGUAACAAAAGCAAAUGCCAAGCCGUUCGACAAAGUGAUUUUCGCCGAUCCUCAUUUGGAGCAAAUACUUUGGCCGAAGCAUUGCGUGAUGAACACGUGGGGAGCUGAAUUGCACAAAGAUCUCGUGAUCGCGGUAGAUUCCAAGCAGGUACUUAAGGGUACGGACCCGACAAUCGAUGCUUAUUCGGCGUUUUGCGAUAAUAGCUCGAAGGGUUACACAGAGUUGCAGGCAAUUCUACAGAAAUUAACCGUGACCCAUCUGUACGUAGGCGGUCUCGCUUACGAUGUCUGCGUGAGGGCAACAUGUUUAGACGGACUGCGAUUAGGCUAUACUUUGGCUGUUAUCGACGACUGCUGCCGAGGUAUAGACGCAAAUAACACCAAGGCCACUAAAAAACUAAUUGCAGAGAAAGGGGGUUUAAUUACUAACAGCCAACACGUUCUCGCGAUAGUGAAUGAAGGUAAACGAAGUCUCGUUAUGAGUCAUCAAUCUGCGAGAGUGAUUGCUUUAAACGAUCAGAAUUUUUCACAAUCAACCCCAAAUGAAAAAAUAAAAAAAAAUGCUCUUCCUUGUACUUGUCCUAACAGUGUCCCUGAAUAACUCGAAAUAUCAUGAGACGGUCAAUUCAUAUCAGCUUUACGUAAACUAUAAAAAUCAUAGACUUAGAUUAGUAUAUUGUUGAUUUUUAUUCGAACUUUUGUUUGUUACUUCUGAUUGAGGAUCAAAUAGAUCGGCUUGGGAGGUAGUAAAUAUUUUACGGCAUUGGUGUGUAGUCUUUACACUUAUUAAAUACCUAAUUUUGCUAUAUAAAUUUGCAGUCGACACAUAAGAGAAUGGACCGAACGUCGAACCGCUUCCAUUCAGUUUUUACCUCUUCCAUCAAUCAGUCUCCCAACCGGCGCUCGGUCUAUUCUCAUAUGUCUAUGAUAAAAAUUUGUUUAAUUGUGAUGCACUUCAGUUAGCUUUAAAGAGAUAUUUAUAUUUUCAUAAUUGAAUUUUGCAUUUUUUUAAAGUAUACACACAUAUAUCGUCGAACAUAUCAAAUGCAAAAAUUUAUUAAAUUAAAGAAUUUAUUAAUUGAAUUGAGAAAAUUAACAGAAUUGAAAAAAGUUUAGUGAGUCAGUUAUACUGAAUCAGUAAUAAUGAUCGUCUUAUAUGUAUAAUUGUCGUAUAAUAUUCGAAAAACAAAAGACAAAAACGAAACUAGUACUUAACUGCGUAUAAAGAUUAAAUAGUAUUAAGUAAGACAAUCUCGACUGAAUAUAUGUAUACGAACCACACUUUACAGUAUUCUUUUUUUGGAUCAAAGAGAAAAUAUAUUAAUACAUAUUAAGGAGAAAGAACACAUUAGAGAAUAUAAAAUACUUUUCUGUAGUAUUGCAAACGCUUUGUAUUAUUCAAACGAAAUAAAUAUACAUGAAAUAAA